UUGCGGUGGGUGAUCUCCUCUAUGCGGUUGUGAUCUCCUCUGUGCGGUGGGUGACCUCUUUUGCAGGGUGGGGGCAGGGUGAUCCCUCAGACCUGGAAUCCGUGGAAUGUGCACAGGGUUGGUCGUCCUCCUGUGUCCGGCCUGGUUCACAUUCCUUACACUUCCUGGGAGAGGAGGAGGAGGGGGAGGACUGAGGCCGGGACACUCACUCAGCUCUGAUCCUCCUGCAGUCUGUACCUGGAUCUAGAACUUUCAGGACUUGUGUUUGGGACAUAUGGCGCAGACCGGCCCUGCGGAGGCUGUGUCGUCAGUCAUGUGCCCAUCUCACUGCCCCCAGUGCCAGGACUUGUUCUCUGACCCCCGAGUGCUGCCCUGUCUACACACUCUGUGCAUGAGCUGCCUCCAAAGCCUGGAGCCCUUCAGCACGCUGGAGCGAGGGCAGAAACUAGGGACCCGGCAGAGCGUCCUGUGCCCGGUGUGUGACGCCGAGGUCUCCCUACCCCCAGGAGGGGUUCAUCAUCUGUUACCGGACCGGCUGGCACAGACAGAGGUGCUGCUCGAGCGGCUGCGGCGCGGUGGGGACCAGAUGCCAUGCGAUCUGUGCGCAGAUGGUACAGGAGAGAGACGAUGCCAGGACUGCAGGGUGACCAUGUGCGAGUUCUGCUGUGUGGCACACAGGCGGCAGAAGCGGACGGCGGGCCACUGUGUGCUGCUCCUUCAGGACCUCCCCCCAGGCUCCUCCCUGUCUCCGGCAGCGGUCUGCACCCUCCAUCCUCUAGAGGAGCUGUGCCUGUUCUGCGAGUCCUGUGCUCUUCCCUCCUGUCGGGACUGCGCUCUGGUCAAGCACUUGGGCCAUGAUAUUCGUCCAGUUAUGGAAGUCGCAGGGAGGCAUCGGGCACAAUUACAAGGAGCUUUACUAAAAUCUGAGCCUCAGCUGGAGGCCCUGGAGGCUGCCCUUUAUGUUGUACAAGAAGCAGGAGAAGAUUUAAAGAGAAGUGCGGAUCUUCUGCGGAAGGAGGUGGAGGCUUUCACGGAGGGGUAUAUACAUGCCGUUCAGGAGCACAGGGUAAGGCUCCUCCAGGACAUAGAGGAGGAGGUGCGCCGUAAGGACCAAGCCUUGAGUCUACAGAGAGCUCGGAUACAUCAACAGCUGACGGACCUACGUACUGCCACCACAUUUACUCGAGGCCUGCUGGACCACGGACCUGACCUCCAUCUUGUCCAAGCCCGGGCCUUGGUAAUUGGUCGCGUCAAGGAGCUAAACCAAAGAGAUCAUAACCAAAUGGAACAUGCGGAGGCCGACAGAAUAGUAUUCAAUGCCAAGGAGGAGGCAGGACUGUGCCAAGGGUAUCACAUGUAUGGCAGGGUGCAAAGUGCUGCUGUGGAUCCGGAGAGGUGUCAGGUCAGAGGACCAGGUCUCCAGUCUGGGCAGAAAGGAAAACUCUGCAGCUUUACCCUCACCUGUAACACUAAAUCUGGAGAUCAGCUGGAUCAUAAUGGGGCCUCGCCGCGAGUCAUCAUCCUGCAUAAAGAGUCUGGCAGAUCUUUGCAGGCCUCGAUUCAGGAUAACCACGAUGGAACAUACAACAUCUCGUACAUCCCCACAGAGACAGGUCAGAUGUCCAUAAGUGUGUAUAUAAAAGGACGCCAUAUCAGGAGCUCCCCUUUUACCGUCACCGUUAGGGGAUCAUCACACCAGCAUCGUGGGAUCUAUCACUGCUGCUCAUUCUGUUCCAGUGGUGGCCAAAAGGAUGCCCGUUGUGGCUGUGGUGGGACAAUGCCAGGUAGUUUCCAGGGUUGUGGUCAUGGUCACAAAGGUCAUCCUGGCCAGUCCCACUGGUCUUGUUGUGGAUCCACUACUGAGACAUCGGAGUGUACUGGUGUGAAGGAUUCAGCCCCCCGCAAUCUGCUCCGGACUGUAGCCUUAUAAUGCUAGAAGCCACUUCAGACUAUCAGGCCACAUUGAAAUGACAGUAUACACCGUUCUCUUGUCGUCUUUGUAAGACAAAACCAAAAAGACAACUAACAGAGAGAAGAACCAUAACGGAUAGAACUGCAAGACUUUGUGAAAUCCUGACCAACAUAGGCCCAUGCCAAGUGGACUCUGGGUCAUGUCACCCUACAGGCUGAGACUUAGCAGUUCCAUCUCUGGGACAAUGGCUCCAAUUAAUGUUCAUUGUGGUUUAUGGUCAAACUGGUGAAAAUGAGACAAUUCCCAUCUCAUCACCAACAUGCCAGAAUGAAGAAAUUUAUAUAAAACAUAAGUGCCUUACGGUUUGUGCAAUAUUCUGGAGCCCUCACACGAUGGGCCCAAGGAGCCUUGUGCUGUCUGAGAAUGACAUGGAAGCCAUAAAUAAAAUGUCUUAUUCGUAUUUCCCAUGAAGCAUUAUUUCUGACAGAUCUUAUUGGGCCUCCAUCUCUCUCCUCCUUUGUCAGAUGCGUUAGCACUAAUCUCUUACCCAGCGGCUCUCACACAACCUUCUAACACUGCUUCCCCACUGAUCUAAGUUAUUAUGGCGGUCUUCACUUCUCUCAUACUCCUUCACUUCUCCCAGUCAUGGAGGAGAUUUAACCUCUUCCUCUCCUCCGGUAUCUUUCCCUCCUCACUCAAACAUUCUUCCAUAACCCUAUUACUGACCCAUCUCUGGACCUGUCCUGUGUCUCUUCAUCACCAAACUCCUGGAACACUU